ACAUUAACCCAGUGGUCAACAAACAGGGUUGUCCUUCAGUGCGGCUAAACCUGAUAGCAUUGAUCCUAUCUCGUUCUCAGAGUACCUGGAAUAAGUGCUCGGAAAAAAAAACGACACCACGCCGCUGUGGACCAUGGCGGCAAGGAUUUUACCUGUAGUGAAGCUGGCUACCAAGGUGACCAUUGCAGGAGGAGCCCUGUAUGUUGCCUGUGACUCUGGUUUGUUGGGGAGCAGUGAGCAGGGCUCAGAGGCCCUGGAGAAGGCCAAGGCUGCAAUCCCCCCCGCCAUACAGGAAUGGAUGAAGUACUUUGGCCUGGAGACUCAGCUUCCAAACAUACCGAAGAUUGAAUUCUCUCCAGUUCAGGCGUGGAACUCUGGAGUGCGGUCGUCAAUUUCAACCCUUUCAGAGGCUCCAACGAAGGCAACUGAAUACUCAAAUCAGGGUUUGCAGUACCUGAAAGACCUCACCAAGUGAACAGGAACUCUAAGCAACUUGACAUGUAUCAAGCUUUUUGACUUUUGCACUUGAGAAUAUACAUCGCCUCUUCAAAAGAAAUGACAUCACCUCUUCAAAAGUUAUUGACCCUCACAAGAAAAAAGGAACAUCCAACACGGUGUAGCUGAAAUUCAGCUACAGGGAGUGUAGUCCUCUGAAUGGUUCACAGUUUUGUUUUUCAUGAUAGCAGCAUUGGUUGAGUUGUAUAUAAUGCUAAAAAGUAAGUGUUCAUUUUGUGUAUACCCACAAGUGUGUAUGCACAGACUGAUUUUGCUCCCCCUUAUUUUCAAACCAUCCAAAUAAUGCAAUGAAGAGUGUCUGUUGUAUAUAUGUUAUACUAUUUGUUUCAAAGUAAUACAUCAAUCUUAAAAAAUA